CCGCAGCUCCUGGGGACCUCCAGACAUUGUUUCCGCCGUAAGCGACAACGAGCGCUGCGUGCCUUCCGCAUGUUCCUAUACUCCAAGAGCUCCCUGGCUUUCCACUGGAAGCUGUUGGGCAAGAUGGCCACCAAGGGACGCCGGCGGGGAGGGGCCAAACGGGCCCGGUCUUCCGUGUCCCUCUCCCCCAGCUCCCAGCCCGAUGACAACCACCUGCCCGUCUUUAAGAAAAGCUGCCCUUUGGGAGCGGAGGCAGAGGACUGCCAAAGCGCGGCCAAGGACCAGCCCCACCCUUCUGAGCCCCACCUGGACUACGCCUUGGGUGGAGCCUUCCCCCUGUCUCCAUCCACUCCUCAUCACUCCCGCCUCGGCCUGCUGGAGGCCCUGAUGGACGAGGCAUCCCCCUAUCCUCAGUACAUGGAGCUCCAGCGGGUGAGCUUCGAGAAGGAGCCCGGCGUGAUGGAAGUCGGGGUGGAAGAACCGGCCGCCCUGCUCAAAUACCCAGCCCGAGGGGUUCAAGUGUCCCCCAGGACUAGGAAGAUGGGAGAGCCUCAGCACGACCUGGACGGAGAUGGAGACGCUCUGGAUGCCCUUCCCAAUGGCUUUGCCUGUCUCCCUCCGGCGGACGGCGACCUCUGCUCCUUGCCCGGCUUGCCGGACGCCACAAUCCUCAUCAGCAACGUCUGUAGCAUCGGAGGCCACGUGGCUGAGAAACUCUUCCAAGGGAGCCGGGACAGCAAGUGGCCGGUGGAUCCUUUGGCCGGCCGGGCGGAAGGCGAGGGCCGGCCGGUCGAGGCGGCUCCCGAAGAGGCCGAAGAGAGGCCAGCCGAGAACAUGGCUCAGCCCGGUCUGCUGCGGGAGGAACACAUCACGUGUGUGCACAGUAUCUUGGACAAGUUCCUGCAGGCGUACGGCAGCCUCAUCCCCAUCAGCGUGGAUGAGGUGCUGGCGAAGCUAGAGGACAUCUUUCAGCAGGAAUUCUCCACCCUCCAGAGGAAAAGCUUGGUGAACCAGCUGAUCCAGUCCUACCAGCGCAUACCGGGCAACGCCGUGCUGCGGACCUUCCGGGUGACUUACAAGCGCCACGUGGUGACCAUGGACGACCUGCAGACCCUCUUUGGCUCCAACUGGCUGAACGACCAGGUGAUGAAUAUGUAUGGGGACCUCGUGAUGGACACGGUGCCAGAAAAGGUUCACUUUUUCAACAGUUUUUUCUACGAUAAGCUACGAACCAAGGGGUACGAAGGCGUGAAACGUUGGACCAAAAAUGUGGACAUUUUUAACAAAGAGAUCCUGUUGAUCCCCAUCCACCUGGAGGUUCACUGGUCGCUGAUCUGCGUGGAGGUGAAGCAGAAGAAGAUCACAUACCUGGAUUCCCAACGCACCCUCAACCGACGGUGUCCCAAGCACAUCUGCAGGUACCUGCAAGCUGAAGCUGAUAAGAAGAACCGCCCGGACUUCCGAGAGGGAUGGAGAGGGGUUUUCCAGAUG